CACUAAUCAAUCCUCUACACUCAUCUUGAAUUCGCAUUAAGCACUAUCGCUAUUCAUUCAGGCUCUAAAAUCCAUACUCAAUAGUCUCCAUUCUUCGCUCCUACUCCACAACUUCAUUAUACUAUAGUUUCAGAACACACCGACCAAAACAGCCAUGCACUGGACAACUGCUAUCCCCCUCCUCCCCCUCCUCACACUCACAACUCCCGUACAAGCCCUCCGAACAACCCGCAUCCUCACCAAAUUCACUCCCUCGUGCCCCGAUCCCUCUAUCAUCCCAGGCGACCUCGAUCUCGCCGAAGAAUUCACAGUAGGACUCAACAUCCGCUCAGGCAUUUGCCAAGGUGUCCCAGUGCCGCUCCCCCUAGGUCUCUAUGACGAGGUCGACCACGUCUCAUUCGAACUCGUCCACACGGAACAAGCACAUUCGCCUCUUCACUACAACUCCGCGAUCCCCCUUCCAAGCGCAAGCCCAAGCUCGAGGCCUAGUCUGGGAGCCCGGGCCGGCAACAACAGUCACGCGCCCAAUCUGGAGGUCUGCACAGUGCGGCUUUUCGAAAAGCCCGGGUGCAGCGGCUUCGAUAAACCGCUGAUCCAGCGCGAGUUCGGUGUCGGUGCGGGCAUUGGUGGAAGCAGUCGGUGUGUAAAGCGCAGUUCGGAGUUCAUGGAGCUUGGGGAGGUGUUUAUUAGGGUUGACUGCACAGAUGGGAGUCGGCCUUUUCCUGCAACUGGCGAUAUUCGAGGAGAGCUGCCGCAGGCUGGUGAAAAUGGGACCGUUGCGGGUGCUUGGGGAUCACAUAUGAAUAGCACUACUACGACUAGUACUACUACCACAAGUGGUAUUGGUGCCGUGGUUGGAAGGUGGCAGCGGAGGAGGUUGUCGCUUUUGGGUCGUUAAAGUCGGCUGAUUGGUGUUAUGCUGGAUUCAUGUAUUGAAGUGUUUACAAUGAAUGAAUGAUUUGCAAUGUAAGCUAGCGAU